AUGCCCGUGCUCACUGCAAAUCUGAAAUAUUCAUGUGAUGCAGGAUGGAAUCGCAACCUGGAAAAAAUAAUGAAAGUGGAUAUGAAAAUCAAAGGAGCUAAGUGCGACCCGAUGUGCGUCUACAGAGCUGUAGAAUAUGCCCAAAAACCUCGUCCUGUGCGUUUACCUGAUGCAAAUAUAUUCGAAGUUCGACUUGCAGGUGAAGGGGCUCUUGACAGACUUGUGCUUAAAUUAGCAGAUAAGCUGAAAGAAAAGGUAAGUGAUGACAUUCGAUUAUAA